AUGAUAGAGAAUAAUUAACAACAAAAAAGAAACUUUUAUUUAGAAUAUCAAAGUAAUAUUGAGAUAACUUUAUAUUAAAAUAAUUAUGUUAAAAUUAUGGAAUUUAAUGAGAGAUCAUCAAUUUUAGUUUUAGGAAAAACAGAUGGAAGAUUCUUAAAAUUUUAAUUUAAAUUUGGUGCUUUAAAAUUUAUUUAAGAAUUAUAUGGUUCAAAAACUAAAUCUUUACACAUAUUGUUAACAAAAAAAUCGAAUCAAAUUAUCAUUGUAACAAAAAAGAUUUUAUUCUUCUCUUUAAUAGAUAAUAAUAGAGGAUAUUUUUUAUAAUAUAUUGAUGGACCUUAACCUAAUUGCUUAUUAAUUAAUAAGAAUGAUUCUUUAUUAAUAGCUGGAAGUAAUGAUAGAGCUAUUAGAUUUUGGAUAAAAAGUUAAAACUAAUGGAUAUUUCAUUAAAAAUUUUAAAUUUGUUAUUAUGGAGUUAUAAUUAGCUUAAGUCUUAAUGAAUCAGAAAAUUAUUUAAUUUGUUUAUCUGAAUUAGAAAAUAAAAUAUUUAUUUGCAAAAAAAAUCAUCUUACAAAUACAUGGUUUCUUUAUCAAAUACUGCAUUCUAGGGAAAGCUAAGCUUUAUAAUUAUGCUUUAUUAAAGACUCUAUCUUUAUAUUAUAACUCUUAAAAGGGGAAAAUUUUAAUUUUUAUAAUCUAAAUUUAGAAAAUUAAUAUUUUGAAUAAAUUACUCCAGAAAUAUAAGAUUAAUAGUGCAAUAAACUUAAAUUUCCGCAUCGAUUUAAUUUAUAAAUGAUUAAAUAAAGAUAAUUUUUGAUAUAUAAAAAGGAUAAUUGUAUCAAUUUAUUAUUGAUUUAAAGUGAAAAAAGUUUUGAAUUCUAAAAAAUCAUGACUUUAAGCGAUUCAAGUUUCAUUUUUAGAUCUACAGAGGAUGGUAAAUAUAUAGUAAUAGCAUAAGAGAAUUAAAAAUUUUUGACAGUGUCUAGAUUAUCAGAAGGUUGA